UCAUUAGCAAUUAUAGUAAACCAAAAGUGUAAUUGGAGCAUACUGUGAUCAGACUACUAAUAUAUAAAAUAUGUUAUGCUUAUAUACUUAAAAUACAUUCUAAAUAUAUAUUAAAUAUAACACAUGCACAAAAAUGGUCCAAUUAAGAUAUACUAAUCAAGCAUGUUUAUAUUACAUGAAAAGCCAUUUAUUUAAAGUGUACUAAGUAUAACAUUAGUUUUUCCCAAAAAGCAUGGUAGUACACUUGGUACACUUUAAAUUCUGAUUUUCUACAGUUUAAUCACUACUUAAAUACAUUAAGCACAAAAUUAGUUGUUCCAGCAUAGCAUGCUUCAAGUUAAAUAAGCCUUAAAAAACCUGAAGUAUACUGAUGAUUAGUCUGGGUUCAAGUGUGCUAAGAUUUCAUAUAUUAGUACAUUUUUCACAAGGGCUGCCUCCCUUCAGUCCUAUUUUUUGCAAACAUUUGAUUUAUCCAACUUUAAAUUUGUUAUUGUUUUUCUACCAGCAAUUAUUUCAUUUGAUAAUUUCAUUGUCUCGAAUGGUUAAAUGUCCGAUUUCGUGUUUUGAACCUUCAUUGGAUGAAAAGUGUUAUAUAGUUUUCUGCCAGCUAAGUCAUUUUUGGACGCUAUCUUGUAAAACUCACAUCCUCCUCAUAUGAAUUCAUUUCCAUUAUCAGAUCUUACAAGGAAUGUUUCUUCCUCUGAAUUUGAGUAAAUUUCAUGACGUUAGCAAGAUACUGCUUCUGUUUUUCUUCCACAAUAAACGUGAAAUAUUCAUUAAAACGUCACUUGACGACAGGAUUAAUUAGAUCGAGAUCUCUGGGGUUUUGGACGUUACAGGUUUUUUGUGCUUUUCAGCAGAGAGUUAGGAUUUGAUCUGGAGUUUUGUAAAUGAAGUUCUGCUAUAAAACCAAGCUAUGUACAAUUUUGACUAAUUUAUUACCAAAAAAAAUAAAAAAAUCCUUAAAUAUUUUUCUUAUGCAGAGCAAAAUGUGCCACUAGCUGACGACAGCAGAGUGGGGGUAUGACGUAUGCUUCAAUUUUCUUUGUUUUUCUCCUGCUGCCCCUUGUCGGUCUUUUAUUUUUGGAGCCCAUCCCUCUGUCUUCCGGUGCAGUUCUGGCUUGACAUGCUGCCGCAGAUGACGGACCGCAGGCUUGCGCCUCCUGUGCCCGCACAUCCCCGCUCACUCUGACACACACGCACCCGAACCGACAGUGGCUGUUCUCGCCUCCUGGUCUCCGGAAUCAGAGGAGCUUUUGGAUUUAGCAGCCGGUGUUCUCUCGUUCAGGCGGCGGUGUGUGAGGAGCUGCGGAGAUAACUGGUGGUAAUAUGAGACCUGUUAGAGGGAGAUGUCAGUCCCUUCCAACUUGUAUCCAAUCUAUAAUGAUGGGGAUUUGAACACGAGUCUUCACCUCUCCUCCCAGGGACACUUCUCUGCAGCCAUUCUCUGAUCACAGGCCUGGCAUCUUUCAUCCAUUCAUCCCUCUCUCCAUUCAUUUUUACCCUGUCAUGAAAGGUCUGUCCAGUAGCCGGAGCCACCAUCAUAUGGUCUCCUAUGAGCCAUCAUACGAUCCAUUGGGUCACCAUGUUGACCGUAAGCCAUAUUUGUUCGGCCAAAUGGAUAUGCCGUUGCCCAUUCCUAUGCCACACCCAUCUGAGUUGCCCUAUUACAAUGCUCAGCGUGUUCCAUACCCUUCUGAAAGCAACAGCAUUGUCCCAUAUGGAACCUUCCCACGGAGGUGUCACUCCACCUCCUCAGCUCACCAUCCUGAGGUAAAGGAUGAGUGUAUGGCCAUGGUGCCAUAUGUAGGUGGAGGAGGAAGGGGAGGAGGAGGGGGAGGAGGGUAUGGGGGUAAAUCUCAGUCUUGGGUACCAGUAAAUUUUGCAGACCCGUAUGAGCAACAGCCGAUAUUUUCCAGAGAUGGCUACCACACACUGCAGUACAAACGAGGAGUGUUGUCCCACGCUGGGGGCAUAGGAGCCAAUGACAACAAUGACAGUCCUGGGCGAAUUCGCCAUCUGGUCCACUCAGUCCAGAAACUCUUUACAAAAUCACAUUCAUUGGAGGGGCCCCAACACACUCAGUCAUCAAAAGGGCCAACUAAUGGGAGUGUGUAUGGUGGUGGUGGAGGAGGUAACUGUGGUGGUGGUUCAAGAGCCAGCCCAGAGGGUGCGGCUCCUCCUGGGGCAGUGCGCCACCGGAAGCGCAGCAAGAGCCGUGAGCGUUGUCGAUCAGCAGAGCCCAAACAUCGAAGCUACCACCACCAUCACCAUCCCCAGCUUCAUGGCUCAGCAUCUGCUCCGGGGUCUGGAUACUGGAGCUCAGAUGACAACCUGGAACGGGAGCUGUGUCUUUACCACCCUCAUCAUCACCAACCUCCACCCUCACCCUCCCUCUCUAUUUCCCCCUCACCUAUGACAACAGGCCAGUGCCCUGGCAACAACCCCGAUAAGUAUCCCCAGACUCCCCUCCCAAAUCUCUCCUCCUCGCAGUCCCAACAGUACUUCAUCAUGGAUCCCUAUGGGACAGUUAACGAGCAUGCACACACCCAUGCACGCCAUGGCCACACUCACCACCACUCUGCACUCAAAGCCUCUCGGAGCAACAGCGAUGUGAAAUAUACUGCUUCACCUGCAUGUAUACCAAUUAGUGGUAACAGCAAUAAGAGCGAUGGCUGUAUCGGUGGAGGAAGUGGCCCCUUGCUGCCACUGGGUCUUGUGGACGGGCCUGUUGAGAAGAAAGGGGCAUGGUCAUCAAGCCUAACGGUGAGCAGGGCCCGAGAGGUCUACACCAACAGCAGCCACAACCAGCUACGAACCAGCGCAGGAUCCGGUAACCUAAACCUAGAUAGAGCUCUAGUCAAAUCUAAGGGCAGUCAGCAGCAGGACCCUUGCCAAUUCUUACAGGUACCUCAAGAUGAGUGGAGUGGUUUUUCUCCUCUGGGGAAGGAGGAUGACAUUCCCUGUCGAAGGAUGAGGAGUGGCAGCUAUGUGAAAGCCAUGGCUGAGGAUGACAGCGGAGACUCUGAUGGAAGCCCCAAACCUUCACCGAAGAUGCAGGCACGUCGCGCCAGCUACCUUAAAGCUACACAGCCGUCACUUACUGAGAUGACCACUCUACAAAUUUCCACAGAACACUCCCCCAAACUGCAGAUCAGGAGUCACAGUUAUUUGCGUGCUGUGAGUGAGGUUUCAAUAAACAGAAGCCUGGAUACACUGGAUCCUAAAACUCUCCUUGACCCCAAAUCACUGCUGUCUUCACCCCAAUACCGAUCACGCAAUGAAAGCUACAUGAGAGCCAUGAGCACCAUCAGUCAGCAGACCGUUGUUGAUAAUCCCAGAGCUGGUAUCCAGUGUGACAGGUGGCGCGAUCCAAAGAUCUCCAUGAGGAAAAUGCUGAGUGAGGUUGAAGUGAAUGGGCAGAUUGAGCAAGUAUGUGAGCAAGUCUAUAGCGAGAUGCAAUCUCAAGCUAUGGAUGCAGGCAUGGAUAGCUUGGAAACUAUGGACACCCUACCUAUGCCAGGUUGCUUCCGUAUGCGUAGCCCCAGUUAUGUGAGGGCAAUUGACCAAGGAUGUGCCUCAGAGGAUGAAGGACCAGGAGGAAGACCUCUGCUGCUACUUCCAUCCUCACCACCACGCACAACUGCCACAACUGUCAGGACCAUCCAAAGCAGCACAGUAUCGUCUUGCAUUACUACCUAUAAGAAAACCCCUCCACCAGUGCCACCACGGACCUCCACCUGCUCUACAGCCUCCAAGCCAUAUAUCUCCAUUACAGCCCAAAGCAGCACAGAGUCUGCACAGGAUGCCUAUAUGGAAGAUGAAGGGCCCAGAGGAGACAUGACAAUCCAGUCAGGGCUCAGCAACUCAACAGAGAGUAUUGACAGCAUGAAGGCCUUGACAGCUGCCAUAGAAGCUGCUAACGCUCAGGUGCAUGGACCAGCCAGUCAACAUGUCAGUAACAGCACGAUGACAGUCAGCACUGCCAGUUCCCCACACCUCAGCAGGGGGCAAGUUGUAGAAGAACAUCGGGAUGAAUACAGAAAAGAAGCACUCAGGAAGGGGAAAUGUCUCUCCAUAGGCAUCCAGGUUGAUGGACCAGAAGACAUUCCAGAUCCGGAAGACCCCUCCAAGUUCACGUCUGUGGGGGUACAAGUGGAGGAUGAUCGAGGAUAUCGAAGGCUUCAGCGCUCCAACAGUGUGACAGCAGCUGUACAGGCAGAUCUAGAUCUGCCAGACCUCCUAGACACUCCUCUAGACUCUCCACACCCUCACAGAGGACGUCUGGCCUCCUGUGGCAUGUCAUCUCGGAAGUAUUCCCGCGAUGCAGCCACCUCCACCGUCAGCAUUCAAGGCUCAGGGAACCAUUACCAUGCCUGCGCCUCAGAUGAUUAUGAUGAUGUUGGUUUUGACCCGUCCAUCCUCCCCCCUCCUGAUCCCUGGAUAGAUACUGUUACUGAUGACCCGCUUGAUGCAGACUUCAACAGCUCUGUUAUUCUGGAGGUGGUACAACGGUCGGUCUGUCAGAGAGAUGGACGCUGGUUCCUGAAGCUUCUUCAAGCUGAGACCGACCGCAUGGAGGGAUGGUGUCGGCAGAUGGAGCUCGACCAGCGGGAGAAUGAGUUGCCUGAAGAUAUCCUGGAAAAGAUGAGAACUGCUGUUGGAAGUGCUCAGCUUCUGAUCUCCCAGAAAUUUCAGCAGUUCAGGGAGUUAUGUGAAGAGAACCUGAACCUCAGCAUCCAUCCUCGUCCUGUGGCCUCAGACCUGGCUGGCUUUUGGGAUAUGCUUCAGCUGUCUAUUGAGAACAUCAGCCUCAAGUUUGAUGAGCUUCACCAGCUCAGGGCCAACAACUGGAGACCGCUGGACCCUCCCGAUAGAAAGGAGAGGCGACUUCCACCUCCUGUGCCAAAAAAACCACACAAGGUGGUCCCUCACCACCACCCACCACUUGCCAGAGACCGUUCACUGGAGAGCUCAGAGAAGCAGCGGCAGGAGGCGAGAAAGAGGCUGAUGGCUGCCAAGAGAGCGGCGUCUGUACGCCAGAACUCAGCAACAGAGAGCGCUGACAGCAUUGAGAUUUACAUUCCUGAAGCUCAGACAAGGUUAUGAAGACAUUAACAUGGACAUAUUAUAGUUGACAAAAAGUACCCAGGUACACACACCCGACAUCAAACAAAACAUGUAAGAUUGUCCACACCAAGUUACAGUGGGACAAAUUAAUGUGAAUAUUUUAGUUAUCGAUUUUUUUCUGUAAUUUUUCCAUCCUCAGUUUUGAUCUCAUCAGUUAUGUGUGUGUUGAAGUAGCAACAGAAGUUGUACAGGUCCAUUUUUUAACGAGCAAUUUCUCUGUUGUGUGAAUUGUAAUAAAAAGGAUCUUUUUUUAUAACAAUCUUUUAGAAGUUUACAGUAGGUAUAAACUUCUAUAAGUUCAUUUCUAUUUCCAAAACUUCUAUUUGAAAAUUCAGUACAGGCAUGGUCUAAAUCAAAUCACCUGUUAUUCUUUACAUGCUGGAUAACAUUGAUGGAACACUUCCUCGUCUGAUCUCACAUUCCAAACUGCUGACAUGAUUGGCUGCAACCUGCUGUUAGUAAGAAGUGCAUAACCUUCCUUAACCCCACUGAAAAUAAGUGACAAGCUUCUGCAACUCAUGUUGUGAAACACCUAGUUCAAUGGUUUAACAUUGUAAUGUGGCAGUAUUUAAAUAAAAACUGUUUGACAUGUUUGGAAAAAUAAUAUUUAAGCACCCAGUUGUUAUCUUAAAAGUUCUAUUCAUAUGGCACUCUAGGAUCUAGAGCAGGGGUGGGCAAUCCUGGUCCUGGAGGGCCGGUGUCCUGCAACCAGCGGCGCGGUAAAGGGGUGAAA